AUUUUGGUACAACUCAUUUUACACUGGGCCAUCACUGUGCUCACAGUCCUACUGGGUUUCUGCCGCAGUGAAGACAGGGAAGAUAUCUCCCCACCCAGGUCCGUAUCGUCAAGUUGCGGAACCCUAUUCUUUCGUUAGAUCACUUCGAUGGAGAUAGAUUCACCCGCCGACGAAGUGUCGGUUUCACCGGCGGCGAACACGGAGAUGGAAGAGGGACAGUCAUUAGACUUGCUUGAUGUCGAUGCCGACUUUAUACCGGAAGAUAAUUCAAAAGGGAAGUCUAGUUAUGAUUCAAUGAGCAUUGAUUCUUCUAUUGAACAUGUGGAACGACUUGACAUGAGCAUGGAAAUGCUAGAAAAGUUCUUCAAAGAUGCUUCAAGGGCCUUUUUUAAUGAAUAUGGUCUCGUCAGUCACCAGAUAAAUUCAUAUAAUGACUUUGUGAAAAAUGGACUUCAAGAUCUUUUUGAUUCCCUUGGGGAAGUUGCAGUGGAACCGGACUAUAACCCACAGGAUGCCAAGGGUGAUGGCGCAUGGAAACAUGCUACAGUAUCAUUUGGGAAGGUGAGACUGGAGAAGCCAGUUUUUUGGGUUGAAAAAAAUGAUCUUGAGGAGCAAGAACUCAAACUGACACCAAAACAUGCUAGGCUACAAAACAUGACAUACUCGUCUCAGAUGAAAGUUAAAGUUAGAGUACAGGUUUAUGUACAUCAAGUAAGUGACAAAGCCAAGACUGGCCAAGAUGCAGGUGUCCAUAAGAGGGUAGUGGAUGAUAAAGAAAGUGAGAUUGUUUUGGGGAGAUUGCCUGUGAUGGUUAGGUCAGAUCUUUGUUGGCUUCACUCUCAAGAUAAAAAUGAUUGCUUCUUUGAUCCUGGUGGUUACUUCUUGAUAAAAGGCAUGGAGAAGACUUUCAUUGCUCAAGAACAGAGGUGCAUGACAAGACUCUGGAUCACUGAUAAACCGUGCUGGACAGCACAGUAUAUGUCUGAGAUGAAAAGGAGAAGAGUUUAUAUUAAACUGCUUGAAUCUACUAAAGCUGAAGGUAACAGUGGAGUAAAAAUGAUCAGUUUGUAUUUCUUGUACGCCACAAUGCCUAUUUGGAUCAUGUUCUUUGCCCUUGGAGUGUCUUCUGACAAGGAAGUUUUUGAAAUGAUGGAUCUUGAAGGCACCAGUACUGAUGUGGUAAACAUGAUAUUGGUGACCAUCAGAGAUGCUGAUGAGAUGUGCGAGGGUUUUCGUAGAGGAGAUAAAGCUCGUGAGUUUGUAAACAAACUCAUUAAAGAUGCCAAGUUCCCACCAACUGAGUCUUUUGAUGAAUAUAUUGAUAAAUAUUUGUUUCCUGGCAUUACUGGAUUGCGGCAGAAAGCUCUUUUCCUUGGAUACAUGGCAAAAUGUCUUCUUUUAUCCUAUAUGGGCAAGAGAAAGUGUGACAACAAGGAUGAUUUUAGGAAUAAAAGGCUGGAAUUAGCCGGCAAGCUUCUUUCAAGAGAGCUGUGGUCACACAUAAGACAUGCUGAGCGGCGCAUGGUUAAAGCUAUGCAGAGAGAUUUGAAUGGGGAUGAUGAGCUGCAGUUUAUUGAAAGAUACUUGGAUUCUUCUAUUAUCACCAAUGGCUUAAACAGGGCUUUUUCAACCGGGCAGUGGUGUCAUCCUUAUAAGAGGACAGAGAGGACUGCAGGCAUAGUUGCCACUCUAAGAAGAACAAAUCCACUUCAGUUAAUAUCUGAUCUUAGAAAGACACGUCAAUCUGUCUUAUAUGCAGGAAAAGCAGGAGAUGCCAGAUAUCCGAAUCCUUCGUACUUUGGAAGGCUGUGUUUCUUGUCUACUCCAGAUGGCGAAAACUGUGGGCUGGUUAAAAAUUUGGCAAUCACUGCUCUUGUUAGCUUAAAGAAGUCGGAAUCCAUUAUUGAGAAACUGAUAUCAUGUGGAAUGGAUAAAUUGGAAGGGGCUCCUUUCUCAUCAUUGAGCAAAAGGAUUAAGGUAUUGCUAAAUGGGGAAUGGAUUGGAGUCUGCCGAGAUGCUGAGUUAUUUGUCUCUAAAUUUAAGCAAAGGCGGCGAGCUGGGCAAAUCCAUCCCCAGGUGGAAAUUAAAAGAGAUGAGCAGCAGAAAGAAGUCCGUAUAUUUUCUGAUGCUGGGAGAAUCCUAAGGCCUCUAGUUAUUGUUGAGAAUCUGAAGAACGUGAACAAAUUUAAAGGAGGAUUUACCUCUUUCCAGUCUCUUAUGGAUGCAAAAAUUAUUGAACUCAUAGGUGUGGAAGAGGAAGAGGACUGUCGAACUGCAUGGGGAAUAAAGUAUCUUUAUAAGAAGGAUGAGAAGCAGCCAAUUGUUAACUAUACCCAUUGUGAAUUGGAUCUUUCAUUCCUUUUGGCUUUGAGCUGUGGGAUCAUUCCAUUUGCUAACCAUAAUUUUGCAAGAAGGGUCCUCUACCAGGCAGAAAAACAUUCUCAGCAAGCAAUUGGCUUCUCAACAACCAAUCCUGAUAUCAGAGUGGACACUCUGACCCACCAGAUGUACUACCCACAGAAGCCACUUUUCAGAACUUUGACAGCUGAGUGUCUGGGUAGGCCUGAUUACUGUUUGGGGAAGGGCCAUUUUGUAAGACCUGAACUUUUCAAUGGUCAAAAUGCUAUUGUUGCAGUAAAUGUUCACCAGGGAUAUAAUCAGGAAGAUUCAUUGGUUAUGAAUGAAGCUUCCUUGCAAAGAGGUUUGUUCCGUACUGAACAUUUUAGGAGCUACAAAGCUGAUGUUGACAAUAAAGAAAAUUCUGUGCGUCUUAAACCAAAAGACAAGGUGGACUUUGGUAAAAUGCAAAGCAAAAAGGGUCGUGUAGACAGCCUUGAAGAUGAUGGUCUGCCAUAUGUUGGUGCAAGCCUAAAUAGUGGAGAUAUUGUUAUAGGGAAGGUUGCGGAGUCUGGAGAAGAUCAUGGUGUAAAACUGAAGCACACAGAGAAGGGUAUGGUACAAAAGGUGUUGCUUUCUUCGAAUGAUGAAGGAAAGAACUUUGCGGUUGUGACGUUGAGACAGGUUCGUUCUCCUCGGUUGGGGGACAAAUUCUCAAGCAUGCAUGGCCAGAAAGGUGUCAUUGGUUUACUAGAGCACCAGGAGAAUUUUCCUUUCACUCGCCAAGGCAUAGUCCCUGAUAUUGUCAUCAAUCCACAUGCCUUCCCAACCCGUCAAACACCAGGUCAGUUGCUUGAGGCUGCUCUUGGGAAAGGAAUUGCCUGUGGAGGAUCAGCAACUUAUGCUACUCCUUUCUCUACCCCCUCAGUUGAUAUUAUAUAUGAUCAGCUGCAACGGUCUGGUUUUUGUAGAUGGGGAAGUGAAAAGGUCAUAAAUGGCCGCACUGGGGAAUUUAUGCAGAGUAUGAUCUUCAUGGGCCCCACCUUCUACCAAAGACUUAUACACAUGGCAGAGGACAAGGUGAAGUAUCGAAACACCGGCCCGGUUCAUCCACUCACCCGGCAGCCAGUGGCUGACCGGAAGAGAUAUGGUGGUGUUAAGUUUGGAGAGAUGGAGCGCGAUUGCUUACUCGCUCACGGCGCAGCUGCCAACCUCUAUGAACGAAUGUUCACCCUCAGUGAUUUCUCCCAUAUGCACAUAUGUCAGACCUGCAAGAGGGCUGCAAAUGUGAUACAGAGGCCGGUGUUGGGCGGCCGAAAGAUCCGAGGACCUUACUGUGUCUUCUGCAAAUCAGCAGAAAACAUUGUAAGAAUCAAUGUUCCAUACGGUGCAAAACUUCUGUAUCAAGAACUUUUCAGCAUGGGUAUCUGCCUCAAGUUUGAAACAGAGCUUUAAGAUGUUCAGCUAAGCUUCCUAAACUGGAAUUUGGGAUUUUGUAUUGUGCUUUGGAUGUUAUAGUUCUGCUGAUAUUAUAUUAUGUAUAGCCAAAAUGGUGAUCUACAUAUGCUGUACUACUUUGCAUCUGGUAGUUGUUCAAGUUCAUCCUUCUUUCUGUG